CCCGCUGGAGCAGCACGUCGGCGCGGCAGUGCAGGCUACGCCGCGGCUUGCCAUUGGUCGGUCCGUCAAGCACGCCAAGCACAGCGUCACUCUGGUCACUCGCGCCGCGACCGCCACGCCGUCGAGAUGCUCAGCCCGCACCAUGGCCGCCCUGGCCUCCAGUUCCGUCCUGGCCUCCUGCAUGCUGGCCGUCAUGGCCCUCGGCGCUGACCUGGCGAUCGCUCAGCCCGUCGGAGAACGGAUAGUCGGUGGGAACAAUGCAGACAUCAAGGACUUUUCUCAUCAGCUUUCGUUGGAGGUGUUCUUCAUGCAUUCGUGCGGGGCCUCGGUCAUCAAUGAGAACUACGCGUUGACGGCCGCCCACUGCGUGCAGGGGAUGCCGAGAGAGCCGCCGUGGUUCGUGCGUCUGCGCGCGGGGUCCACGUCGGGCUUCCUGGGCAUCGGGGGCAUUAUGCACGCCAUCGAGUUCAUGGAGCACCACCCGCUCUGGAACAAGACAACGACCGACUACGACGUGGGGCUCAUCAAAGUUGAAAAGCCGUUUGCCUUUUCGAAUCGCAUUUCGCCGAUCAAACUGGCCGACGAGAACGCCAUCCUCAAAGUGGGGUCCGUCGUGACAGUUUCUGGCUGGGGCAUGACAAGCGAGCGGGCGCUGUUCACGCCGUGGGUGCUGCACUCGGUGGACGUACCCGUGGUGGACAGGGAGGCCUGCAACCACAACUACACCGUGCACGGCGGCAACAAGAUCUCCAAGCGGAUGAUCUGCGCCGGCGGGACUGGCGACGGCAAGGACUCGUGCCAGGGCGACUCGGGAGGCCCGCUCAUCACGCAGGACCGGAGGCUCAUCGGCGUCGUGUCCUGGGGCUACGGCUGCGGCCGCUCCGGCUUCCCCGGCAUCUACACCAACGUGGCCAACCCCGAGAUACGCAGAUACAUCCGCGAGGUGGCUGGCGUGUGAAAAACGCGCUUGUGCGUGUGAGAGAGAAAGAGAGAAGAAAUUUGUGCCAUGUUGGCCGCUCCGAGCAGAAACCCUGACGAUGCAUAAAUCUUGCCUGCAGAGGGCUGCA